UCUUUUACAGUAGUAGACCAGUCAGGCACGCAGACGUUGAUAUUUUCCUUCGAAGCAGUUGCAAUCUCGCGAAGACAGCUAGCAUCUUUUCUAACGGUUACGGACUACUUUUUAGGUCGCGCCAAAACAUUUUAUUUUCUCAGUCGUGAAUAUUCUUCCUAAGACAAAAUGAGAGAAAUUGUUCAUCUUCAAGCGGGACAGUGUGGUAACCAGAUCGGAUCUAAGUUUUGGGAAGUCAUUUCCGAUGAACAUGGCAUCGAUCCAACAGGAAACUACGUUGGAGAUUCGCCGCUGCAGUUGGAGCGGAUCAACGUGUAUUACAACGAGGCGUCUGGUGGCAAAUAUGUUCCCCGUGCGAUUUUGGUGGACCUCGAGCCGGGAACCAUGGACUCAGUGCGUUCCUCGCCAUUCGGACAGCUUUUCCGCCCGGACAAUUUUAUCUACGGUCAAAGCGGAGCUGGUAACAACUGGGCUAAGGGACAUUAUACUGAGGGUGCCGAACUAGUCGAUUCUGUGCUGGAUGUGGUGCGCAAGGAAGCGGAAGGCUGCGAUUGUCUGCAAGGUUUCCAGCUGACUCACUCACUGGGUGGCGGCACUGGGUCUGGCAUGGGUACUCUGCUUAUCUCCAAGAUUCGUGAGGAGUAUCCCGAUCGCAUCAUGACAACGUUCAGCGUGGUUCCAUCGCCUAAGGUGUCUGACACAGUGGUCGAACCAUAUAACGCGACAUUGUCAGUCCAUCAGUUGGUUGAGAACACGGAUGAGACGUUUUGCAUUGACAACGAGGCGCUGUACGACAUCUGCUUCCGCACACUGAAGCUGACCACUCCGACAUACGGCGAUCUGAACCACCUGGUGUCGGCCACGAUGUCCGGCGUGACCACUUGUCUGCGUUUCCCCGGCCAGCUGAAUGCUGAUUUGCGUAAAUUGGCUGUCAACAUGGUGCCCUUCCCGCGUCUGCAUUUCUUUAUGCCCGGCUUCGCCCCGCUGACAGCCCGCGGUAGUGCGCAGUACCGUUCCCUGUCCGUAUCGGAGUUGACUCAACAAAUGUUCGACUCCAAGAACAUGAUGGCGGCUUGUGAUCCACGCCAUGGUCGCUAUCUCACGGUUGCUGCCAUCUUCCGUGGUAGGAUGAGUAUGAAGGAAGUUGAUGAUCAGAUGCUGCAGAUCCAGAAUAAGAACAGCAGCUUCUUCGUUGAAUGGAUUCCUAACAAUGUUAAGACUGCCGUGUGCGAUAUUCCACCCCGCGGGCUCAAGAUGUCUGGAACAUUUAUUGGCAACAGCACCGCCAUCCAGGAACUUUUCAAACGCAUUGGCGAACAGUUUACGGCCAUGUUCCGCCGAAAAGCCUUCUUGCAUUGGUACACUGGUGAAGGUAUGGACGAAAUGGAGUUCACCGAGGCCGAAUCCAACAUGAAUGAUCUGGUAUCGGAGUAUCAGCAAUACCAAGAAGCGACGGCCGAGGAUGAGGGCGAGUUUGAGGAGGAACGUGCUGAACCAGAAACUGAAGGCGCAUAAAUUAAACGCGCAUCUUGGAACUUAGAUCUUUGCCCAUGUCAACUGGACUGGUUGACAUGGACAGAGAUCUUGAGUUCCAAGAUGAACACUUGUCUCACUUUAUGUAUCAUUCGUCAUUUGAUCACUUUGAUCAUCAAAGUUAAUUUACUGUACUUACAAGUUCGCUUUUUAUUCGGUGUGUUUUAGCGGUAUGUUAUCGUGUACCCUUUUUUAUUGUGUGUUUGUGUGGAAACAUAAUGACUUUUUCUGGAUUAUUCUGUAAUUUGGUCGACUUUUUAUCUGAGUAAAUAGGUAAUUUGUGAA